CACUGCCCCCUCUAGCGGUGGAGUCAUAUUACUACAGCAGCAGCAUGCACGCAGUCAGCCGGUGCAGUAGGUGUCGCUGUGUGAAGCUCUGACCCCGGACAGAUGGAGGUGUUGUCCUGACUCUGGCUCGCUCUCGUUGUUUGUCUGCUGUCAACACGGUGUGUAAACACCUCCACCUUCAGGCGGCGGGACCGCGCACACUCCCUCCGCUAACGUGAUAACCGUGAAUGGGAAAACCUGCGGGAUUCUGAGUCCGUGGCCUGGUCCGGGGAAGAGUCCGGAAUAGGAGCCGGCGUUCGUGGGUUCACAGCACUGAGGACGGAGGCAGCUGAGCGGCGCAGCUCGACGGCCAUGGCAGCAGCGACCGUGGUAGAGCCCGAUCCGGCGGCGAGCGAAGGCGGCGCCGCGGCUUUCCCCGGCGUCCAGAGCCGAGACUGGGACGAGUCUCAGCUCCGAAAAUACCCGUUUACCACCAGAGCCAUUCCCAGACUGUCCCACACGGACCCGCGGGCUGAGCAGCUCAUCGACAACGAGGAACCGGUGGUUUUAACUGACACAAACCUUGUGUAUCCAGCGCUCAAAUGGGACAUUGCAUACCUGCAGGAGAACAUUGGAAAUGGAGACUUCUCUGUUUACAUCGCUGAAAAAUACAAAUUCCUUUACUACGAUGAGAAGAAAAUGGCCAACUAUGAGAACUUUGUCCCCAAGUCACAGCGGCUGGAGAUGAAAUUCUCCGAGUUUGUGGAUAAAAUGCACAAAACGGAGGAAAUGGGAGGAGAGGAGAGAGUAUACCUGCAGCAGACCUUGAAUGACACAGUAGGGAAGAAGAUAGUUGUUGACUUCCUCGGUUUCAACUGGAACUGGAUCAACAAGCAGCAAGCCAAGAGAAGCUGGGGACAGCUGACAUCCAACCUGCUGCUCAUAGGCAUGGAGGGGAAUGUGACACCAGCACAUUACGACGAGCAGCAGAACUUCUUUGCACAAAUUAAAGGACAUAAGAGAUGCAUCCUCUUCCCCCCAGACCAGUUUGAGUGUCUCUAUCCGUAUCCUGUGCACCACCCAUGUGACAGACAGAGCCAAGUGGAUUUUGAUAACCCUGAUAAUGAGCGGUUCCCCAGUUUUAAAGAUGUUGUUGGCUAUGAGGCUGUCGUAGGCCCAGGAGAUGUGCUCUACAUUCCCAUGUACUGGUGGCAUCACAUUGAAUCAUUGCUGAACGGUGGAGUGACGAUCACUGUAAACUUCUGGUACAAAGGUGCCCCCACCCCCAAGAGGAUAGAGUACCCACUGAGGGCUCAUCAGAAGGUGGCCAUCAUGAGAAACAUCGAGAAGAUGCUGGGAGAAGCUCUUGGAAACCCACAUGAAGUUGGACCCUUACUGAAAACCAUGAUCAAGGGGCGAUACGACCAGGAUUUCAGUUAGACCCCCCCCCCGCACCCUUGAAACUGUUAACUUCAGUCCUUCGGAAAUGUGUGAAAGUGAGACUGCUGCGUGUGUCAUGCGCAUCCUGACUGUGGAGCUACGCGUCACUGCAUGGCAAUAAGCGGCCAUCUUGAGAACCAUUCCGCUUGAGUCAUCUCCGAGUGCCAUUGUCAUCGCGAAUACGAUGAUUACAGAAGAAACUCCUGCCUAACUCGUAAGAAUUGGCGCCUACUUGAAGAGGUCUUUUUUUAAUUUUACCUUUGGCCUCAAGUCGAGAUUGUUUUUCUGUGAUUCAGAUUUCUGUCAACACUCAUGAUUCAGGCUAAUGGGUGUUAUUGGUGUAUUUGCUCAGACAGUAAAAGGAAUCGGUACCUUUUGAGCAACCUCAACAUUUUGACCACUAAUGGAUAAAUUAUAAACUCAGUAGACAUCAGUUAAUGCAGGACAUUGCUAUACACAAGCAAAAAAAAAAAACAGUCGUGGCUUGAUUAGUCAAUGUGGAAUGGCCGUAAUUAUAUUCUCCGUCUUUAUCACAAACUCUGCUUCACAACUGAUUCACAACAGGUCCUUAUUUAUUAGUUUGAUCUGCAUUUUAACAACAUGGUUUCUGUGAGUGAUCAGUGAAGACUUUCUGCUGCAAAGACAGAAAAGACACAGUGAUAAAACAUAGUAAUGGAAUAUGAUCAAAAACGUGUUGGGAGUUCAAAAAGAGGGUUUAUAUAUCGAGCUGAAGGAAUGAUGGCUGAUGCUGCUGAAUGAUUUUAGCCCAGUGUUUGCUUUGUGCUUUAUUUAUGCUCUUGCUUCUUUUAUAUUUCAAGGACUUUUUGGACAUGUUUUCCCACAGACCAGUAAUAGGUCUGGGGACACCGAAGAUAAAUGAAGUACAAUCUGCAAUUUUAGUUGCAAAUGUCAAAUUUAAGACUUUAAAAAAUACAACUUACUGUUUUUUUGGGAAACUUCAGGUAACUACAGGUGAUGUUUUCUUGAACUGUUCUGAUUGUAAAACUGCUUAAAUGAUGGUUUGUGUUAAAAUGUUAUUCACUGUCUGAACUAGCAGGGCCAUCUGCUGGAAUCUCGCUCUUAUUCAGCCAUUGCAAUGCAACAUAAAAGCGCCAUCUAGUGUUCACGUUUGCAGUUGCAUGUUCAGCUUGAUGUGUCUGGCCCAUGCACUAUACUUCUACAAUACAUAUUCAGUGUGUUGCAUUAAAUGCAGCAGAUCUGGGAUUAAAUGACACUGUAAUGUGUAUGAAAGAUGAACUGCAGAUGAAAACCUGCACAUGCUCCAAUAAUCACUUUAGAUCCUCAGAAAUGAACUCGUCUUCACUUUCCCGCAGCCGUAUUUUCACCUAAGGAGUCUUGAGUGCAUCUUAAAAUGUGUUUGCUUUCUCUAAAGCUGUUGUGAAAAUGUACAUUAAAUGAAAGGGAAAGAUCAUUUCAUACACCGUGCUGUAUGCAGCAAACCAACAUAAUCCAGUAUAUCAUUAUUUUCCUGUGACAUUGUAUGAAUCAGCAAGUGAUGCAUUAAAAAUAAUAACAUCCGAGCACUUAAAUCAACAGCAAUACACAGGUUUUCAAUGGUUUUGUUUUGAUUAACUUGCUGAUAAUGUGCAGGUAAAAACUGCACAAUAAUUCAACAGUGCUUUUUUCUAUGUAGAAAAUUUUACGCUACCUGAAACUAAUGUUUCAUCUCUUCUGUUGCUACGUUAACUGUGUUUACUAUGUGUGCCUUGCUUGACAUGGAAAGGGCACUAAAUGCUGCAAGAACAUGAAUUUUUUUUUUUUUUACAAAAGUGUUUUCACUCUGGCAUUAAACAGCUUUAACCUGUGAGAGUGACAAGAGUUCAUAGAGCUGGUGGCAUGUUUUUGAUUGAUGGCUGCUGGCCUUCUGUUUUGAACAUUCAGUAUGUGUUCAGCUUGUUCCUCUGAUUAAAGUUUGUUUGCAAAGUUCGA